AUGCACGCCAUCCAGUACCUCGGCUUUCUGGUUGCUCCAGUUGCCGUAGUGGCCUCUCUCUACCCAGCUUCGUCGAACACUAAGGGAUACAGGCCCAGCAAUCUCAACUGCACUGCGGCCGCGGUGUCCACUGCCAUUCAAGCUGCCGAGUGCUCCCAUAACACACGUACUUCGGAGACCCAGACAUUCGCCGUUUUCGAAACCGAUCACCAAUAUGACUCGAACAACGGUGCUCCUUACGGAACAUGCAGAGCUUUUAUCUGCGAUCCUCCAACCAGUGGUACAUUGAUGAAGGCUUCCGACUACUGGAUCUUCUAUUGGAGCGAUGACGGCGAAGAGGGUGGGUAUGGUACCACCUGUAUCAAGGAUCCCGAGACUGGGAAGUGUGGCUGUGAGAACUCGGAUGGUACCUUUGUUUCUGGCAGUGAUACAUGCGCCUAG